GAUACAGAGAAACCCUAACCCUAAUUCCCAAUUCCAAAUCGAAAUCGAAAUCGAAGAUUAGGGUUUGGUUGCAGAGAACUAGAAAAUGUCAGAGGCGGAGGAAUUGCCCAGGACUAUCGUGCGCCGCGUGGUGAAGGAUAAGCUCUCCCGUUUCUCCGACGACGGAGACAUUUCCGUCCACAAAGACGCUCUUCUCGCAUUCUCCGAAAGCGCUAGGAUCUUCAUACACUACCUUUCUGCAACGGCUAAUGACAUAUGUAAGGAAUCAAAGAGGCAGAUUAUCAAUGCUGAAGAUGUUUUCAAAGCUCUUGAAGAAACUGAGUUCUCUGAGUUUGUUCGUCCUCUAAAAGCUUCUCUUGAAGAGUUCAGGAAGAAGAAUGCUGGGAAGAAAGCGGCAGUGUCAAAGGGAAAGGGAAAUGAGACGAAAAAGAAAAGAAAGUUGGAAGAUGAAUCAUCUGAUAAAGGAGAGGGUGGUGACAGUCAAUGAAACAAAAGGGAUGGAGGCAGUUACAAGCGUUAGUCAUGACUGAGUAAGGGCGUUAUGUUUGGUGGUGUAUUUGGAUAAUAGACAUGACUCCUUGUUACUUGGAUGAUGCGCACUUCUCUCCUCUGUAUUUAUGUCAGAAAUAUAGCUUUGUCAGUUAAG